UAAGUCGAUAUGAAUCGAUUGUCGAUCAUGAGUCGAUUUUAAUUAGUCGACUUUCUUCAAAUCGAUUUUUGAGCGGGAGUCAUUAUGCUCUCGUUCCAAGUGGAAAAAACUCGAACUAUUGGAAACAAUAAAUCGAAUCCAAUUAGCGUAACACGUGUUUACGUACUCGUAUAUUUUUUGUCAAUUUAUAUUUAUAAAUUUUUUAUACCUUUAGAAAUAGUGAACAGUGUUCUAGAAAAUCAAUUGAACAUCAUGAGAAGAUUAUCAGAGGAAAGGACGAAGUUGGUAUUCGAAAAACUGACGAAAUACAUUGGUAACAAUGUGAAAUUGCUAGUGGAUCGUCCAGAUGGUAUUUAUUGUUUCCGGGAGAAAAAGGACAGAGUUUAUUACGUCUCGGAGAAGAUUCUCAAUUUAGCAGCGACAAUAGCACCCGAUAGUCUGAUGAGUUUUGGCACUUGUUUCGGGAAAUUUACGAAAUCAGGAAAAUUCAGACUCCAUAUCACAGCACUCCAUUACCUAGCACCCUACGCACAGCACAAAAUCUGGCUGAAACCCUCGGCAGAGCAGCAAUUUGUUUAUGGACACAACAUAACAAAAUCAGGAUUAGGAAGGAUAACAGAGAAUACACCAAAGUAUCAAGGAGUUAUAGUACUUUCUAUGAAUGAUCUUCCCCUGGGAUUCGGUGUGGCAGCGAAAAGUACAGCUGAUUGCAAAUUUGCAGAUCCAAUGGCAAUCGUCUGCUUUCACCAGGCGGAUAUCGGUGAAUACAUCAGAUCAGAGGACACUUUAUUAUAAAUUAAUAAUCAAAAUCUUUCUAUGUAUGAAUUAAACCUAGCGAAUACAAUUGAUCGAUUAAUUUA